AUGCACCACGAAGCAGUUAUACAAGCUGCAAUUGAUGAUUUGAACGCGCAAUUGAACCCUAAUUACACUGAGACUGCCAAAAAAUAUAGAAUCAGCCGAUAUACGCUCUCACGGCGUUAUAGAGGCGUUCAGGUGUCAAGAAAGGAAGCAAGCUCUAUCCACUGCAAAAUCCUCACAGAUUUGCAAGAAAAACGACUUCUUUUUCAUAUCAAUCGAUUGGCAGAUCGCGGUUUCCCUUGUACGCCCCAAAUCCUUCAUAAUCUCAUUGUUGAGAUUCUAAAAGCACCUGUUGAAGUCAACUGA